CCUUUGUCCCCGUCCUCCAACCUCGUCUCGCGCCCCAGCACGGGCACCCCUCCUUGCUCACCCACCGCCUCUCCUCUGCCUCCCCCCCCUCGUAUACAGAACCCACCACCCAAAUUUUGCCGGAAUCCACCGUGUGUCGCCUCGAUUCGCCUCCGGAAGCUGCACCUCCUUCGGCGCGGGGUGGGAGGAGGGGCUGGUCCGGUCUUGUGUCGGUGGAUCUAAGGGUUCUUCCAGGCUGUUCGGCUGCGGAGGUGCGGAAUUGGGAGGGGAGUGGUUGAGGGUUUUGUUGUGCUAGCCGCGGAGCCGCGCCAUGGAGUAUGGUCCCGACGACAGUAGCGGAACAGGAACUGAUGAUGAUCUUCCACCACCAUAUCACAACAGAGGUAUGAGAGGCAGUGGGCGUAUCGGUGGUAAUGGAAGAGAUAUUGUUAGUGCUGGCCCAUAUUCUAGACCUCAACCUCUGAUUGAUAUGGAGACACAAAUACACCAGCUUGAGCAAGAUGCAUACUGUUCAGUUCUUCGUGCAUUCAAGGCACAGUCUGAUGCUAUUUCAUGGGAAAAGGAAAGUCUCAUCACUGAACUUAGGAAGGAGCUAACAGUAUCUGACAAGGAACACAGGGAGUUAUUAAACAGAGUGAAUAAUGAUGAUAUUAUCCGAAGAAUAAGGGAAUGGAGGGAGUCAACAGGUGGGCUUCAGACAAAUUUGGUGAAUAACAAUCAGCGUUCACAUGAUCCAUUGCCCAGCCCUACGACCUCUUCUCGCAAGAGGCAAAAGACAUCUCAAUCCAUUCCUUCUGCGUCUGUACCUGCUCCACCUCCUGCUCAUUCGCAGGCACUAACUGCACCAAUGCAACCGCCAUCAUCAGCAGUGAAAAAGGCAACUCCGCUUGGCAUAAAAGGCAAAAAGACUAAACCAGGCCAGAGAAUACCUGGGGCUCCUGCAGUCAAGCCCAUGCCAUCUUCUGCUAGUUCUAGUGGAAGGGGACCAAUUAUGAAUAGGAACUCAUCUGGUGGUAUUCCUCCUGAAACGAUACAAUUAGAUCCAUUAAUUGGUCGUAAAGUCAUGACCCGGUGGCCUGAUGAUAAUAGCUUUUAUAAAGCUGUCAUAACCGAUUAUGAUCCACAGAAGGGUCGUUAUGCAUUGGUUUAUGACAUGAAUACACCAAGCGAGACCUGGGAGUGGGUUGAUUUUACCGAGAUGGCACCUGAAGAUAUAAGAUGGGAAGGCGAGGACCCUGGAAUAAAUGAGCGAGGUCGCGGUGCACUUCACGCCAGCAAAAAGUCAGGCAGCCGUAGUGGCCCUGCGUCAGGUGCCGGAAGGGGUAGAGGACCCCAAAAGAACACAUUCAGGAAAGACUUUUCACCUUCACAGAAUGGUGUUGGAAAGAAAAGUUCUGGUUACAUAGAAAUACUCCAUACAGAAACACUUAUAAAAGAGGUGGAGAGGGUUUUUGGUGCAAACAACCCUGACCCCCUUGAGAUGGAUAAGGCUAAAAAAGCGCUCAAGGAGCAUGAACAAUCUUUGAUCGAUGCAAUUGCAAGGCUUGCGGAAGCAUCAGAUGGUGAAAUUGAUAAGCGCACGCAAUCCUUGGAGCACAGCCAGGGAUGGAGGAACAAACAGGGUGGAAACUAUGCAGAUAUCGCCAUUGAUGGUCACAUGGUUGGAGACGCCGAUGUCGUGUAAACAGUUGCUGAACUUCACGCGGAACUCCUGUAUAAGCUAUUUUAACCUGAUGUAUAAAUUUAACGCUGAUUUAUUUUACAUUUAGCGUGAGGUUCAAAAUUGUCUCUAGUUCCUAAUAAUUGUAUCAGUUGUUAGGAUGACCUCUCUGCUUCGUGUUUGAAAAUUAAUGCUGGCAAAGGGGCUUUAUAGAAUUUAGUUUUCUCCUGAUUAUUUACCCCAAUCUACUUGGGGACAUUUUUUCUGUUUAUUCUUUUAUACUCCCUCCGUCAAAAUAUUACAUGUAUCUGGACGUUUUUUGAUAUAAAUACAUUCAUAUUUUUGAGUCA